AUGGCCAUGGAGAUCCCAGACGCGGUGGCCGCGCCCCAACCGCCUGCGAUAGAGGCGAAUCCCACUCACAUGCCCGCCGAGAAAGCGCUUGACGCAGAGCUCGUAGCCGACCUCCAUGACGCUUUUGGGAUGAUGUACGCCGGCUCGGAAUGGGACAGCGACGACGAGGACGCAGCGCCGAAGAUAACAGACGGGUUCGACCUUCCCGCCCUCCUCUCCGAGCUCGCGGCCCUCGUGUCACUGCCACAGAUACCGACGAAGCGCCGACUCUUUCCGGGCCGCGCGCGCGAGCCAUUCGUCUUCCCCUCGACGGCGCCCCUUCCCUCACUCCCACCAGUAAACGCCUACCUCCCUUUCUCACCACUCCCCCUCCUCGCACGACUACGCACCUUUGGCGCGGCUGGUCUCUCACCCGUUCCCCCCGAAAUAGGGCCCCUCGCCUGUGCGCUCCACGGCUGGAUCAGUGCCGGCACUGACGCAUUGGCAUGUUCUCGGACCUGUGGAGCGACAUGGGGUGUCAGCGGCUUGGCAGACCUCCGGCAUGCCGUGCGCGAUGGCGUGGUCCGCCGCCUCGCGGCCACCCUUUCGUCGCGCCACAAUGCGGGUUGCGCAUGGCGGAUCACAUCCUCGCCCCCCGAACUCUUCUCAGAGCUGAGACGCAUUCUCCAUCCCCUGACGGCCGCUAGCCUCGGCUCAUUAGCCCGCGCACUUGCACAGCAGACUCUUGCCGGUCCUAUCGCACCACAAUGGACGUCGCCUUCCUCCAAUGCCGAAAUUGACCACCUCGCAACUGCGCUACGGAGGCACCUUCCCGCACUCCCGCCCGACCCCGAGUCCGAGAACCGUACGGGUCCCAGAUCACCCGAGCCGAAGGAGACGCUCGCGGCCGCCCUCGCCCUCUUCGGCUGGUUUCCUUAUGACCCCACCUUCCCGACCGACCAUGUGCUCGCGCAUGGAACGCCAACGGACAUAGUAUCGUGCCGCAUCUGCUGCCGGCGCGUGGGCCUGUGGUCCUUCCACACGCGUACUCUGGAUCUCGGCGCUGCGCACAUAAGCUGGUGUCCCCUGCGUGCCGACGGGUGGUGGCGCGAGAGCGUACUGGUCGCGCCGCGCGGCGAGGCUCUGCUGCAACCCAAGGCACUCAGCGAGAUGCUUGUUGUGAGUGAGGACGGGCAGCCGCGAAAGAAGUGGCGCCGGAGGUAG